AUGUUAUCCCCUCGGACCAAAAGACAACUGCGCAAGCAUAUAUUCCCGCCUCGGCCGCCGACGCGGACACGCAGCAAGAGUGCCGCGGUCAGGCGCGAGAACAACAAGAACAAUAGCGAGGGCGGCAAAAACAGCAAAUACAGUCCACCACAAAAAGCUCAGCCUGACCCAGCAACAGCAGCAGCAGCAACACCCGCCGCAGUCGACAUCGACAUCCGGCACAUUCCACACCUCAUCUCCAGCGCCUGUGCGAACCCGGACCCGACGCCGUUCCUAUCUCACUUUGCCCCUGACCUCGUCUACGUGGACCACGGCGCGCAGCUGAGGAUCCUGUCGCCCGGCUCGCCGCUGCGCCGUCACCACCGGGACCGGUGGGGGAGCAGUGAGGGCCGUCACCGUGACGACGAUGACGACGACGCCAGUGGCGGCGGCGGCGCCGGUGGUGGUGAUGGAAGGGACAGCUAUGGAGGCGUGCUUGUGGCGUGCGAGGUCGAUCCGGACCACGAGGUCUGGUGGCGCGACGUCGAUCUGGCCGCCGGCUACGGAAGGUGCAGGUACCGGACGCUGAACAGAGGUCGAAGGAUCGGCGGCGGCGACGAGGUUGAAGGGGGUGGUGAGCAGCAGCAGAGGCGAGAAGACGGCGGGCAGUUUUCCGGGGUAGUGGAUCUGGUCAUCGAGCGCGGCAAGAUUGCCAGGUUCGAGGAAUGGCGUCGCCUGCCGGUUGAGGAUGGUGCUGGGGGAGGGCUGACGCCAAGCGAGUACAGGGUGCUCACUUGA